CGAUGAAUCUCCGCUAUGGCCAGUAGCACUGUGAUGCAGUUCUCAGCAACACUGAUUGCAUUGCUGUCUAUUCAUGUAGUGGAUGAAGGGCAUGCUGUGAAUCCAAGUUGUUCGUGUAUCCGCUUCACGUCACCACAAGGCAAGGAGCGGGGCACAUUCAGCAGCCCGGACUACCCUAGCCCGUACCCGUAUAACCUCUGCUUACUGUAUACCUUCCUUGCCCAGCCGCAUCAGAUCGUUGAGCUUGUAUUCUCUGAAUUUGACGUCUAUAAGGAACAUCUUGAUUGCACACGAGGAGACUACAUAAAGGUGUACUGGGAGGUGCAAGGCCCUGGGCCUCCUGGAGCCAUCAACGAGCGAUCAGGCUGGGCGAAAGAGCUCUGUGGGGGCAGAGCUGACAUUCCACCAGCCUUGUACUCUCCAGGCCAAUCCCUGGUGCUGGAGUUCCAUACAGGAUCAAGACAGAACAACGCCACAGGUUUUUUGGGGACGUACAGCUUUAUUGACAAACGUCUCUUCGAAACGGAAGGCGUGAGGAUACCGGGCACAGACUGCGACUACCAGUUCAGCAGAUCGGGCAACCGGCCCGCCCACGGCCGCCUCUACAGUCCCCGAUACCCGUCCACCUACCCUAAUAAUGUGCGCUGUUCCUAUCAUUUUCAUGCGAGACCGAAAGACCGCGUCAAAGUAGUCUUUGAAGAGAUUUACUUACAAAAAGGAGAUAUAAGCUGUCUCCGUCGCGCGGACAUCAUCAAAGUGUUCGACGGGAGAGACACGGAGUCACCAACAAUAGCGAUGCUGUGUAAUGAGCUUACAGGGUACGAAGUCCUGUCAACGGGUCCUUCACUACUGCUGCAAUUCACUGCCAACUCCGCGUCUCCAGGCCAGGGAUUCGCGGCCACCUACCAUUUUCAGCCACCUCCUGAUUCUACUGCCGCAGAUUCGGACCGCCUGCUGAAACUAAGUUUCGGAAAAGCAUUUGAAUCUCUCGGCCCAGAAGUUAGUGCGACAACUUCAUCGUGCCACCAAGAAUUUAACAGCGAUGGAUCGAAGCAUGGCACUUUAACUUCACCACACUAUCCCCUUGCUUAUCCAUCAAAUACACAUUGCCAUUACGAGUUCUUUGGGAGAGGAAAAGAGAGAAUUAGACUAAUAUUUCAAGACUUCUUUUUCUAUAAAUCUCCGGACGGAUCUUUAGAUUGCACGAACAUUGAUUCCCUUCAAGCUUUUAUCAGUGUGGACGGGCGUUUAGAAAAUGUUGCCACAUUCUGCGGUGUUGAUCUCCCGAAACCGAUUAUGUCGAACGGUCCAAAACUCAUGUUGGAGUUUCGAGGAACGCAGUCGUCGAGGCAUGCUAGGGGAUUCAAGAUAUCAUAUUCAUUUGUUGAAAACUUCGGCAUAUCAACGGGUAGACAGCUCAAAGAGUUCCCCUGCGCGUUCGUGUUCAACAGCAGUGAGGCGCGGAAUGGCACGUUCGCGUCUCCCAACUCGCCUGGCCCGUACCCGCGGGAUACGGAGUGCUCGUACUUCUUCCACGGCGGACAGACUGAGAAAGUGCACCUGCAUUUCACACACUUUGAUAUUGAGGGUGUAUCUCCGUGCGAAGCAGUUUCAGCGAGUGAUUACGUAGAAUUUUCUAAUUAUAUGACUGAAGACAAUAGAUACGGAAGAUACUGUGGUCAGCAAAAGGAAUUCCACGUGGAAUCCGAACGAAACUUCUUCAAAGUGACAUUCCGAUCGAACGAUCGAUUAGAUGGGACGGGCUUCAAAGCGAUCUAUCAAUUUUUAGAAGCAUCUGAUGAAUAUCAAGCUCCAAUGUCGGAUUACGCAUCAUCAAUCUUCCCGUUGCGGUUGUGUUUACUACUCCUAGUCAUCAUUUUAACUCACCUUCAUCGGCUAUAUCAUUAAAUCAAGUGAUAUUAGGUUAUUAUAAAUAGGUAGACUAAUCCUGUACAUUUUGUACCAUAGCCUGUGCCAUACACUUGUAUUUAAAUCGUAGGAAUUCAAUAUUUUCUAUAAGCAAAUGGUAAACUUUCCUAUUACCAGUAAAGCAAUACGACACAAUAAUGUUUUAUUCACGCAGGCACGUAUUAUAAAUAAAUUAUAUUAAAUUUU